AUGCGUGCGCUGACAACCGCCCGUGAAAAGGUCAAAGUUCUUCUCGUUCUCUACGACGGCGGCCAGCACGCUAAGGAUGUUCCCGGACUGCUUGGUACGACUGAGAAUGAGCUGGGUAUUAGAAAAUGGCUCGAGGACCAGGGUCACACCCUCGUCACCACGUCAGACAAGGAGGGUGCAAACUCCAAGUUUGACCAGGAGCUCGUCGAUGCUGAGGUCAUCAUUACCACUCCCUUCCACCCUGGUUACUUGACCGCUGAGCGACUCGCCAAGGCCAAGAACCUGAAGCUCUGCAUCACUGCUGGCAUUGGCUCUGACCACGUCGACCUCAAUGCUGCUAACAAGACCAAUGGCGGUCUCACUGUCGCCGAGGUCACUGGCAGCAAUGUCGUCUCCGUUGCUGAACACGUCGUCAUGACUAUCCUUGUCUUGAUCCGAAACUUUGUCCCUGCUCACGAACAGGUUGAACGAGGUGACUGGGAUGUCGCCGCUGUCGCCAAGCAAGAAUAUGAUCUUGAGGACAAGGUUGUCGGUACCGUCGCUGUUGGUCGUAUUGGUGAGCGUGUCUUGCGUCGCCUCAAAGCUUUCGACUGCAAGAAGCUUCUGUACUUUGACUACCAGCCUCUUAGCAAGGAGAAGGAACAAGAGAUUGGCUGUGAGCGUGUCGAGGAUCUCGAGGAGAUGCUAGAGCAGUGCGACAUUGUCACAAUCAACUGCCCCUUGCAUGAGAAUACAAAGGGAAUGUUCAACGCAAAGCUCAUCUCCAAGAUGAAGAAGGGCUCGUAUCUCAUCAACACUGCCCGCGGUGCCAUCGUUGUUAAGGAGGAUGUUGCCGCGGCCCUUAAGUCUGGUCACCUCGCCGGAUACGGUGGUGACGUCUGGUUUCCUCAGCCAGCUGAGCGAGACCAUCCAUUGCGAACCGCCAAGAACCCAUUUGGAGGUGGCAACGCCAUGGUUCCUCACAUGUCGGGAACAUCUCUUGAUGCCCAGAAGCGUUAUGCCGAUGGCACUAAGGCUAUUCUCGAUAGCUACCUGAGUGGCAGACACGAUUACCGUCCAGAGGACUUGAUCGUUCACAAGGGUGACUAUGCCACCAAGGCUUACGGUGAACGAAAGUAA